GCAGGGCCUGUGGGCUGGGGGCGGCCCUCAGGAAGGGCCUGGCCGUGGGGGCAGGACCCCCGGGGGAGGGGCUGUCCGUGUGGGGAGGGGCGGCCGGUGUGUGGGCCUUGCACCGGGGAGAGGUGUCGUCCCGUUUUGGGGCACCUCCUGGGUGCUGACCUGUGAGGCGUUGGGGAUGAGCAGCAGCUGCUGUGCCGGGGGAGCAGGGCUCAUCCUGGCUCGAGGGACAGAACACCCCCCCUAGAGGCCCCCAUCUGGUGACCUCUGAGGGGUUCUGGGCUUUGGGGCUUUGGCUCUUCUGCCUCCUGCUGGCUGUCAGCUGGAGAAGGUGGAGCUCUCUGCAGAGAUGCAGGGCGCUUGCUGUGGGCUUUUUUAAUGUGGGGUUUUUUUAAGCAGUAAAUGCAAGGCCCGGUUGCUCAGGGCUCAGCCGUCUCCCGUUGCACAGAGGUGUAAAUCUGCUUGAAGCUGUCCCGUGGGCAGAAUUCUGUUGUGGCUGCUCCGGCAACAGGGUUUUCCACAUUACCCUUUGGAAGCGUUUUCAAGCUCAGCCCAGCAGAGGUGUGAGAGGGCUUUGUGUUUUGGCUGCUGGUGGCCCAUGGGAGGAACUGUUUUUUGCUCCUCCUUUGGUGCAGGCCAUUGUGCCUUCUUCCUGCUGUGGGCAGGCUGCAGGAUGGAUGGAGGAGCCGUGGGACAAAGCCCCCUUGUCUCUGGGGGCUGGGGUCGUUCUCUGGCAUGGGCUGUAGCCAACACAAAACUCACUGCAGAUGUUUGGUGCUGCCACACGUUCCUGGUGGGUGUAUUAAGGAGGCUGUGCUGCUAAUGCAGCGAGCAAGGGCUGGUGCUCAUGAGAGUGGCCAGAGUGCAAAGUCUGUCCUUGUGUUUGGUGUGUGGGUGGGAGUUCAGACUGAAAGACAGAGUGAUGUGACAAGUGUGGGGUGUUUGGUGUGAGAUGGCACUUGCUGACCUCUGCUUCCUCCCCUCUAGCUGCCACAUCUUCCCCAUGUGUUUGGGACCCUCGUUGCAGCCUCUCCAGCUCCAUACUCAUAGAAUCAGGUCAUACGGAGGUUGGAAGCGUGUCCAGGGGGGCGAGGAGCUGUGAAUCCUGUGUUGCGGCUGCCUGAGCUGGAUGGCUUUCAUGCGCGAGUACAGUGCUUGGAUUGCCAGAGCUGUCACUUCAACAUCCUUCAGCAGCACUAAAGCAGCUUUGAAGAAAACCACUACCCAAGAACUUGUUGGGAAAAGCCAAGUCAGGAAGAAAAGAAAGGCUGAUGGCAGGAGAGUGUUAUGUGUAUACAGGGAGAACUAAAUCAGAAAAAGUUCAGCUGCUUGAAGGUCCAAGUUAAACAAGGGACAGGUGCUGGAGCCAUCAGCAGAGAGGAUGAGCGAGGGAACCUGUUGGCAGAGAGGGGCUGCUGCAGGAGGCAGAGCCGUUUCCUCCACGUCAGGCAUGAUGGACUUUUCUGCAUGUCCACGAAGUUCAACACGGCUCUAGUCAAAACCCCACAAGGCGGGGAGGUGGUUCGGACGCUGGAGAACUGCGAAAUGAAGGAAAAAGGCUACCGUGUCUCCCAGGAAAUUGAUGCGGGAAGGUGCUUGGGCAGCUGCUCCUCGGGGGAUCCCUGCUUGCUUAGGGAGUCCCAAAGCCGAAAGAAAUGUCUGGUUUGGGCAGAAGCUGCCUCCGGCCACUGCACCCCUCACCGGUACGACAUCCACACCUUCAGGAGCCGCCGGGAGCGCGCUCGCACCGUCGUUGCCAUCCGGCAGCGCAAGUGCAGGGGGUAGCGGGACAGGGGACCUGCAGGUGGGGCUCCUGCCAGACCCCCCCGCCAGACUGUCUGUAGUAUAUGUAAAUGAGAGAAGGCUAUUUUUUUAAUAAAAGCUGGUUUAACCAAUGCUUGUAUAAAUGAAUCCUCUACAAAACGUUUCGCUGCUUGUAAAAUUAACAUUGGAGCUCGGCUGUGCGGCUCCUCCUCGCUCGGCCCACGUGUCCUGGGAGGAUGCGGAGCAAGGAGGGAUGCGGCUGCCUGGCAUGGGAUGGGGCUUGCAUGGGCCCAGCUGCUCCCGUUUACAAAAUGGGAAGCAGGAGUGGGAGAGGAGAGGGAAACAGGCAUGUCGGGGCAGAGAUGUCGCCUCCUCCGGCAGCCCCAGUUAUCCUGCAGGACGUGCCGCUGCCACCGGUGAGCUGGGAAGAGGAAGGAAAGUGUCUGGAGGAUACGAAUAGUUUCCUCUAUCAAUUAACUCAGGCCGCUCGUUGCCUCCCUGCCUACUCUGGGUAAUUAACAGCCCUUUCACCCACCAAGCGUUGGGUUAGAAGACGUUAUAGACACCAGGUGGGCAAUAGCCUUCGGCGUGUCUCCUGCCGCGUUGGCCUGGGAGUGCUUUGGCCAGGGAGCGCCGCUCGGUCCCUGCCGGCAGACGGACGGUGCUGGCUCCGCUCCUGCACCUUCACCUCUGGGCGCCAAGCCUCUCGCAGAGCCCGUACCUGC